AUGUCUGUGCCCGAGGAAGCGCUUGCCGGCGGCGAUGCCAGGACCACCCAUCCGACAGCCAUGGAGGUGGACUCGCCGGUCGAAGCCACGCCUUCAGAACCCAAUGGCAUUGUGGCAGCUAACACGAACCCGCCCGUGACGAACGGCACCGACACGACAGCUCAACCGUCCACCGACCAAGCGCCCGACGGCGAAUCAGCGGGUGCCAACAACAUUGCACCACCGCCACCGCAACCGCGCCUCUGCGGCGUCUGCAACGAAAAGCCCGGAAAAUACAAAUGCACGCGCUGCAGCCUCCCCUUCUGCUCCGUUCCCUGCAAUAAGUUCCAUCGUGAAAACCACCCACCAGACCCCCAACCGUCUUCUCCAGCCCUAGAACCGACGCCCGCUGCUGCGCCGGCUGUCGAAGGGCCACCGAACCCGUUCCGUACCUUGAGCGACUCAGACCAGCUCCGGUACCUCUUCCGUCGCUACCCCAACCUGGCCGACCAGCUACUUGCUAUUGGCGCCAAGGCGGAUCCGCCGCCGGGCGAGGCGCCGCCGACGACCUUCAGCCAGGUUAUGGCGGCGCGGGCCGCGGCCGCGGCCGCGAGCGGGAAGCACCAGAAGAAGGAGCAAUGGAACCACGACGUGGGGAUCCGCAAGGGAAAGGAGGCGCUACGGGCGGCGCGCAAGAUCGAGGGCGAGGCGGGGGAGGGCGUGAGGGAGUACACAGAGCUGGUGCUGCAUCUUGUUGCGCAACAGGAGGCGGCGACGGCUGCCGCGGGGGCGCGGAACGUCAUUGUAGACGGAUCCUCAACGAGGCAGGAUGCCGAGCUGAUCAAGAGGCUGUUGGAUGAAGAUACCCGGUGA